AUGGCACUUUUCCAGAAUUUCAAUACCCAUUCCUUAAGAUCUACUCGUGGGUUCAAAUUAAAACAAUCAUCUCCGAUAUCAAGUCCUCAACCGAUAAGCAACUCAGUCCUACCACAGACCCCUUUAGAAAAUAGUCAACGUCCUCACCUCGAGCAAACAGAACAAAAUCCAUACCAAACUAUCAAUUUUAAUAAUGGCAAUGGCCAACCUGUGUCUUCUCACAAAGAUAUUCGAAAUUAUGCAGAACAAACAUUGGGAUCAGAUAACGCCUUGAUCCAAGCGGUUAAAUUACCACGCGACGAAGACGUGAAUGAAUGGCUAGCUAUACAUGUUGUGGAUUUCUAUAACCAAAUAAAUAUGCUUUAUGGUGCAAUAACUGAAUUCUGUUCGCCAGCUACAUGUCCACGAAUGAUCGCUACAGAAGAAUAUGAAUACUUAUGGCAAGAGUCGGCUCCGACAAACCAAGAUGGGACUGUUCAGUCUCCAAAAAGGCCAGUGUCUUUACCUGCGUGUGAGUAUAUCGAAAACUUGAUGAAUUGGGUGCAGAACUUUUUCGAUAACGAUAACAUAUUUCCAACUAAAAUUGGUGCACCGUUCCCACAUCAGUUUCCUACAUUGGUGAAAACCAUAUUCAAGAGAUUGUUCAGAAUUUAUGCACAUAUAUAUUGCCAUCAUUUCCACGAAGUAAGUGAGUUGGGGUUGCAAAGUCAUUUGAACACCAGUUUGAAGCACUACGUAUUGUUUGCCAACGAAUUUCAAUUGAUUAGCAGAAAAGAUUACGGUCCGUUAGAGGACUUGGUAGACACAAUGCUUCAAAGAUAA